UUAGCACAGUAGCUAACAACUUCCCAGGUCAACUUAUUCACGUGAAAAGUGACAACACCAACGAAUAAGCGGAACGCAGCCAAACAUUUGUUUCUUGUGUUUAUAAUUUGCCGCAUUAGCUCUCAAACUAUAUACACUUAAUAUUUAUAUUUUAGUGGCGACUUUAAUUCACCUAAAAUGGUCUUUUACUUCACGAGUGCCGUGGUGAACCCCCACCACACAAUCUACAUGGGAAAAGACAAAUAUGAAAAUGAGGAUUUGAUAAAGUACGGAUGGCCUGAAGACAUCUGGUUUCAUGUGGACAAACUGUCUUCAGCUCACGUUUAUCUGAGACUGCCAAAGGGUCGGACCAUAGAUGAUAUUCCCCCCGAGGUGCUGGUAGAUUGUGCACAGCUGGUGAAAAACAACAGCAUCCAAGGCUGUAAGAUGAACAACAUCAAAGUGGUUUACACACCUUGGGCCAACCUGAAAAAAACGGGAGACAUGGACGUUGGACAGAUCGGCUUCUUUCGACAGAAAGAGGUGAAGAUUGUGGCAGUGGAGAAGAAGGUCAAUGAGAUCGUAAACCGCCUGGAGAAAACCAAAGAUGAACGCUUCCCUGACCUGGCAGCCGAGAAAGAGUCGAGGGACCAAGAGGAGAGGAACGAGAAGAAAGCUCAGCUUCUAGACCUGAAGAAGCAAGAGAAGGAGGAACAGAAGAGGAAAAAAGAGAUGGAGGAACUCAAGAGCUACUCUUCACUGAUGAAGAGUGAAAAUAUGACGACCAAUGAGGACGGUAACGAUUCAGACGACUUCAUGUAAGAGGUGAACGCUAAGCAGACAGAACCGGCGCCAUCACUCCGACCCGCCAUCAGGAUGCUUUAGCUUGCUGUAACUCUGCACUGACAUUGAAAUUAAAACUAAGAAAAAGACACGUGGAGCAGAACCAGAGUCAAUGAGGGACAGCGCCAUGGAUUUAUUCCACAUGCUGAUUGGUUAAGACACUCCUUGAACCAAGCUUCAUGGCCUCUUCCUCAGUGGAGAAGAACCGCAGGAAGACCGGAGGGCUGAGCAUCAUUUUAGGGGGGGUGGCACUCAAAUAGUAGAGCUGUGUUUUCACUGAUGUUGAUUUAUGAUAAAAAAAAAUAUGUAUGGGUAUUUUUACGACCCUACAAUCCCGUUGUUGACUUUCUGUAUGUGUUCAUUUUGCUGCAUAUCAGAUUUUAUUCGAUUCAGUUCAAUGUAUUAAACUGUUACUUAUUGACAUAUUCUUUUGAACAGCACCAGUCGCAGCCUAAUUUUCGUAAGUCGUAUGCUUAUUCUGUCAUACCUGUUUUAACCCAAAAAUAUUGGCAAAGGUGGAAUCAGUCAAGUUUGUAACCAGAAAGAAAAAAUGAAUCAAAGUGGUCGAAUUAUAUAUCAUUUUUCAUACCUCAGGACCACUGUGAUAGUGACAGUGUAGUUCAAAGUUCAUUAAACAGUUCUUUAGCUUUUCACAAAAAGCUAAUUAAAUCUGUAAAUGUACCGUGAGCGAAAGCUGUUUUAUCUUUUACAUAAAAAUGUUCAAUACUGGAUAAGAUGUAAUUGCAGCUGUCUGCAUGCAGGGAAAUACACAUUAUACAAUUUUGACACAAACUUGCGGCAUUAUUCUUCCUCUCCUGUAGGUGGCAGCAUCAACACAUCCACCACAGACUGAGGAUCUAAAGGUGUGCAAUGCUGAUGUGGUUACUGUCCAUUCUAAGGCGUCGUUGUUUGACCGUUGUCUUUGUGGAGGACCCGCUGUCUGCUAAAUGAGGAACUGUGCUCCUUUAAUGCUGUUGGACUGCAAACUAGUUGUAUUCGGAACAAUGCUUAAUCGUUUCACAAUGUAAUUUGUUUAACUUUAAAUUGAAUCAUUCUUUCAGGUAAUUUAUUUCCAUUUCCUCGCUCUCCAAUGUUUAAAAGCUGAAUCAUACUACCCAGGUGACUGUUUCAUGACAAUAAAUAAAUCAACAAUCCCAAAGGGCA